AUGGUUGCCAAUCAAGACGCAAAGGCCGCCCAGGCCCCAGUCAUCGAGACUGACAACACUGCUGCGGUCAAGGCUGCUAUUGUUUCCAGCGAGACGACCAAGGCUGCGCCGGUAACACAUCCUCUUGGUCCUUUGACUGGUGAGGAGAUCAGCAAGGGUGCGGACUUGGUUAGGUCUGUGUGGCCUGAAGGGACGAAGCUCCAGUUCAAGGUCAACACUCUUCAUGAGCCCGAGAAGAAGAUUCUUGCCCCUUGGCUUGCUGCAGAGAGGGCGGGUGAGAAGCCUGCGCCGCUUGAGAGGAAGUCUUUUAUUGUUUAUACACUUAGGGGAACUCACAAUGUCCAUGAGGCGGUUGUCAACUUGACCACUCAAAAGGUCGAGUUCAACGCCAAGCUUGGGCCUUUUGAGCACCCCAACAGUGAUAUGGCUGAGCUUGAGGAGGUUGAGAAGGCCGUGCUGGAGAUUCCCGAGGUGAAGGCCGAGAUUGAGAAGCUGGGUCUUCCCGAGGGGGCGGUGGUUGUGAUGGAUCCUUGGAUUUAUGGUGCCGACGGCAUCAAGGAGGCCAAGUUCUUCGACGACAAGCGUGUCAUGCAAUGCAACCUCUACCUUCGCGACCCCAAGAACUCAUCCGAAGAGGACAGCUGCCACUACUCCUUCCCCCUUCCCGUCUCUCCCGUCAUUGACCCGGCCACCCUCGAGCUGGUUCGUAUCGACAUCAUGCCUACCGGCCAUGACGAGACCAUCAAGCCUUUCACAUGGCAGGACCGCCCAGCAAACGAGUACAUCCCUGAAGCCCACACCAUGCGCACCGACCUCAAGCCUCUCCAGGUUGUCCAGCCUGAGGGAGCCUCUUUCACAGUUGAGCCCUUCUCUGAGCUCGGCCGGACACUGAAGUGGCAGAAGUGGGACUUCAAGGUCGGCUUCAACCAGAGAGAGGGCAUGGUCCUCUACGAUGUUCACUACGACAACCGCCCCUUGUUCUACCGCCUGUCUCUCUCCGACAUGGCCAUCCCUUACGGUGACCCGCGCAACCCUUUCCACCGCAAGUGCGCCUUUGACUUGGGUGACGUCGGUGCUGGUUUGACAGCCAACAACCUCCAGCUCGGCUGCGACUGCCUCGGCAGCAUCUACUACAUCUCCUCUGUCCUCGGCAACGCCGAAGGCAAGCCCGUCGACGCCCCCAACGUCGUCUGCAUCCACGAGCAAGACUCUGGUCUCCUCUGGAAGCACACCAACUACCGCACCAACCGCGCCGUCGUCGUCCGCAACCGCGAGCUCGUCCUCCAGUCUAUCCUGACGGUCAGCAACUACGAGUACAUCCUCGCCUUCAUCUUUAACCAAGCCGGUGACAUCACGUACGAAGUCAGGGCAACGGGUAUCUUGUCCACCCAGCCCCUCGACCUCGACCUCACCGAGGUGCCGCACCCCUUUGGCACCGUCGUCCACCCCGGCGUCCUCGGCGGUUACCACCAGCACUUCUUCUCCCUCCGCGUCGACCCCAUGAUCGGCGGCCACGGCAACCAGAUCGCGUACGAAGAAGCCGAGGCUAUGCCCCGCGACCCUAAGCUCAACCCCAACGGCCACGGUUACAUGGUCAAGAAGACGGUCAUCGACACCACCGGUGGUUACGACCUCGACCCGAGCAAGAACCGGACGUUCAAGAUCCUCAACCCAUCAGUCAAGAACACGGUCAACAAGCUCCCGGUAGGCUACAAGGUUCACGUGCCCCCCUUCCAGCCCAUCCUCGCAGACAAGGACAGCUACCACUACAAGCGCGCCGAGUUUGCCGAUCGGAGUUUUUAUGUCACCAAGUAUGUUGACGGGGAGCUGUUUGCGGGCGGGAAGUACACCAACCAGAGCCAUGGCGGCAAGGGAGUCAGGAGCUGGGCCGAGAGGAAGGAGGAUUUGACAAAGGAGCAGGACCCGGUGUUGUGGGUGAAUUUUGGGAUCAAUCACAUCCCCAGGGUUGAAGAUUUCCCGGUUAUGCCGAUGGAGAUGUUGAAGGUUAUGCUGAGGCCGGUGAACUUUUUUGACAAGAACCCGGCGUUGGAUGUGCCGAGUUCGAAGCAGAGUUUCAACUGCAGUACUGCGUUGAAUACGGCUGAUGAGCUGGCGAAGAAGGUGGAUGGGUUGGCUGUUACGGGGGGGGAGAUGAAGGGGUGCUGCAAGGCUUAG